AUCUUCAGUGGAAAGGUGUAUUGCUUUGUUAUUAGCGAAGAAGUCUAAAGGAAUUAUACCACUCGAUUCAUUGACAUUUGACAUCUCAGCUCACAAGGAAUUGAGUCGUGACAUGUCGUCGUCUUUUGUGCCGUAGGCGGGCCUAUCUGCGUUCAGUUAAACUGCUCUACCGGCCGUUUUCAGAUACCCACUUCACACUCUCUCUCUCUCUCUCUACGAAAACGCCAAAGUAAGGAAAAUAAAAUAACACCCUUCGCAACAAUGACCAACUAGCUAACGCUUUCUCUCUGGUUGGUAGUGAAUGAUAAUGGUGGUUGUGGUGGUGUUGAAUUUUUAAUGUAUGAAUCGGUGAGAGAGUGAGUGAAUGAGAAGAAAAUGUUCAGGCUGCACCACAAGAGCAGGCAUGCCAAAUCAGGGGACAGAGUGGAUUUCAAGCUCUCCCGCUUUAAGGCCCUCCAGGUACCGAAAGGCUGGGACAAGCUACUUGUAUCUAUUGUCUCUGUGGAAACUGGGAAAACAAUUGCAAAGUCAGGCAAAGCACUAGUGCAAAAUGGAAGUUGUCAAUGGACAGAUACUCUGUCAGAAUCUGUAUGGGUUUCACAGGAUGACUCUUCAAAGGAACUACAAGAUUGUUUCUUCAAGCUUGUGGUCUCCAUGGGUUCAGCUAGAUCUGGCAUCCUUGGAGAAGCCACAGUCAAUAUGACAGGCUAUAUGAGUUCAAAUGCUCCUGUUCCAGUUUCACUGCCAUUGAAAAAGUGCAAUUAUGGGACAAUUUUACAAGUAAAAAUUCACUGCCUCACACCAAGAACAAAUCUCAGGGGUGAAGAAUCAAAAGAGACUAAUUUCCAUAUGGAAGAAGAUCAGGAAGCAAACUAUCAUGAUCUGGACUCUAAGUCAGAUGGAUCUGGAAGUACAUUUGCAAGGAGUGCUGGAUCUUCCUCUAGCAAAGAUUUGGGCUCUACCUCACACCCGGGAGAACUUGGGAGCAGGGAAACAAGUUUCUCUGCAUCAGGCUCAUAUCACAGCUAUGACUCAAGGGAGGCUUCCAUAACGAGGGAAAUGUGCUCCCCAGGAAACAACUUAAGUAGUGAUGGGCACGGUCUGAUUGGAAGACAAGAAUCAAUCAGCUCCCAAAAUAGUUUACAUACUGGCAGCAAUUCUGUCGAUGAUCCUUUUAAACCAAGUCAUUCAUCAUCUUCACGGCUAAUGGGUUCAGGAAAUCAUUCCCAGGAUAGUUUGGAAGAAUUUGCAAAAUCAUCUUUGAAACCAGCUGGUUCUUCUAAAAACCUUAAUGAAGCUGCACAAGAAACAAUUGAAGAGCUUCGUGCAGAAGCUAAGAUGUGGGAGAGGAAUGCCCGCAAGCUCAUGCUUGAUUUGGAUAUUCUGAGGAAGGAAUUCUCCGAUCAGUCCAAAAACCAAGAAAAUCUAAGCAUAGAGCUUUCAACAGCAAAUGCAGAACGUGAUAAUUUGAAAAAAGAAGUACAACAAUUGAAAUUUCUGGAGAACCCAAUGGUGCAACAAAUAGCAACCAAGGAUUCAUCCUUUCGAGAUGAAGGUGUAUCCCAUAUUCAAAAGGAACUAAAAGAUGAACUAAAGUUUCAGAAAGAGUCCAAUGCCGAUUUGGCUCUGCAGUUGCAGAGGAGUCAAGCAUCAAACCUUGAGCUUGUUUCUGUUCUUCAGGAGCUGGAAGAGACGAUAGAAAAGCAGAAAAUUGAGAUAGAGAAGCUUUCAGCACCUCAAUCACAAUUCGAUGACAUUGAAAACUUUAUCCAAGUAAAUCCAGAGGAAAACAGAAAUUUAAUGCUCCAGCUACAGCAAUUGCAGGAAUCAGAGAAGAGUUUGCAAGAUAAGGUGCAACUGCUGGAACAAGUAUUGGAGAAUAAAAAUCAUCAAAUAGGGAAUGAAGGGAGUCUGAGAAACCAAACCCUUUUUGAAAUUGAGACAGAAUACAAACGUAAGUUGUAUGCCAAAGAAGAAGAAAUCAUCAGUUUAAAAGCAAAGUUAUCCGACUCUCUGAGAGAAAGACAUUUUCCAGAAAUGGGGUCCAUAAAUGAAGAUGAUGCGAAUAUGAUCAGGGAAAUCGAGGUAUUGAAAGAAAAAGUGCAGGAGCUAGAAAGGGAUUGCAAUGAGCUGACAGAUGAAAACCUAGAGCUUUUAUUCAAGCUUAAGGAAGCAACAAAGAAUUCCAUGGUGGGAGGCACUCCUUUUGAUCUUCUACCCCAUGAGCUUUUAGAUAAAUCUUUUACCAGCUUUGAGUCUGAAGUCAGCAAACAUAUAUCCCAAACACACCUUCUGGAAGACAAGUUAAUGAGGAAAAAUUUCAGGGAGUCUGAAGAUAAUUAUGAUCUUUCAAUUCAAGAACUUGAGCGUCUGAAUAUGGAAAUGGAAGCUAAAGUCACAGAACUGGGUAAGGAAUUGACUCAAAAAAUUUCUGAGAUUGCAAUACUGGAGUCUAAUUUGCAGUCUAAAGAAGAGGAGAUUGGAGUACUUAGACAGUGUUGGGGCGAAUUAGAGGCUAAGGUCUCUAAUCUUCAAAUGGAAAAAAUCCAGCUAGAGGAACAAAUGGGAGACAUGCAGAGAGAAAGUGAUAUCACAUCUAAAUGCUUAGAUGAUUUGCGAAAUGAUUUAAUGGCACUCAGCGGCAGCUUGGAUUCCCAUGUUUCUGCCAAUAAGAUUCUUGAAAGAAAAUCUUCAGAGCUAGAACAUGGAAAAUAUGAACUGGAGCUCCGCAUAUCAGAUCUUAAACAAGAAAAUGUACAGUUGUCAGCGCACAUAUCUGAUUUGGAAGAUCAACUAAGAUAUUUGACAGAUGAGAGGGAGUCCAAUCAAUUGGAAUUAGAGAAUUCCAAAUCUCAUGCUCAAAGCCUCCAAGAUGAGAUCACUAGAAUAAUAAUUGAGAUAGAUUCUGAAAAGGUAGGUAUGAAAGAAAAGUUAGAGGACGUGCAACACAGGUGGUCAGAAGCUCAAGAAGAAUGUGAAGAUCUUAAAAGAGCCAAUGCAAAGUUAAAAGCUACAGCUGAGAGUCUCAUCGAAGAAUGCAGUGCUCUUCAGAAAUCAAAUGGAGAGUUGAGGAAGCAAAAAUUGGAGUUGAACAAGACUUGCUCCCUCUUGGAGGAAAAGUUGAGAGAGUCAGAGAGAAAUUUUGCAGAUAGCUCCAAAAGAUUUGAAAUCUUAGAAGAAAAUCUUUCUUCAAUGCUGGAAGAAAUUGCCUCAAAAGAGAAAAGCCUUACUUCAGAAUUAGAAGCACUUCUUGAUGAAAACAGAAGACACAAAGAAAAACUUAUUGCGGAAGGAGACUUAUUAAAUAUGAUGUAUUUGGAGAAAAAAGUUGAAGUUGAGAACCUUCAAAAAGAGGUAGAACACCUAACAAAGCAACUUUCUGCAAAUCAUGAAGAAAAAGAAAGAAUAGCUUCUGAUGCUUUGCUUGAAAUAUCCGGUUUAUGGGUAGAUAAAGCUAAUCUCGAAUCUUCGCUUCACGAAUCUCAAUCGAAGCUGAAAUGGAUUGAGAAUGAGCUCAGUAUCAGGCAAAUAGAAUCUGAAUCAAAGCUGCAAAGCCUGAUGGAUGAGCUUGCUGCUUCUAAACAAAACCAGGAAAUGCUGAUGGCCGACAAUGAGAAAGUGUUGAAGCUGUUGGAGAACUACAAGUCAGAUGAAGCAAAAUUUAAAACCACUGUGAAUGGUCUUGAACUAAAGCUUAAAGAUUCUGAAUAUGAAAGGCAACAACUCGCAGAAAAAUCUGACAAUUUGAAGGUUCAGUUGCAGAAUAUGACACAUCUUUGUGAUGAAGUUUUGGCUCUUAAGAAUGAUCUUAAUGGAACCAAGUUUGAAAAGGAGAAACUGGAAGCUUCACUGCAUUUAAUAUCUGGGGAAUGUGAAGAUCUGAAGGCAGGGAAGAAUUUACUCGUUGAGAAGAUCUCUGCAUUGCAGAAGGCCAUAUCUGAAUUAGAGGACUGCAAAGUCACGUUAGAAGAAAAGCUUCUGCAGAUGGAGGGUGGUCUAAUGACAAAAGAGGUACCAUGUGUUCAGGAUGUUGAGCUAAAAAACGAGCUCAGCCAGAUCAGGAAAGCAAACAGCCAAUAUCAGCGGAAGAUACAACUGCUAGAGGAGGAGAGAGAUCAGUGUAUAACAAAAGCUCAAGCCCUUGAAGAAGAAUUAAAGUUGAUGAAGGAAGGAAAGCAGAAUCAACGGGAGUCCAGCAGUACAAAGAUUUCUAGUUUUUCUAAAACCAAUACCAAAGUUACUCCUGUCCAUGAAGAUAUGAAGCUCUCAAAGAAGAAUGACAUGUUGAAGAACUCUAGUCAGCAUCGUGAUGUUAAAAGGAGACAAGCCUUGAAGAAUGGUAAAGUACAAGAACUUUUAAAAGAUCAACAGAGGCUUCAUAGCAACCAACAUCAAAGAGAGGAUGAUAAUGGCCAUGAGAUUCUUGACGGAAGUCGUCAUGCUGUUGGAGUCGAUCCUGCUUCAAAGGUUCAGUUGCUUGAGAAUGAACUUGCUAAGGCUUUGGAAGCAAAUAGCAUGUAUAAAGCUCAGGUUGACAGGUUGUCAUCUGAGGGCCAAAACGGCCAUGCGCAUGCUGCUAGAAAAUCAACAGCUGAAGAUGAAAUAGGGGCAAAAGAAAGGAAUGGACGCACAAAAUCAUCACUAGAGGCAGAGUUAAUAGACAUCCGCGAGCGCUAUCUGCACAUGAGCCUCAAAUACGCUGAGGUAGAAGCUCAGCGUGAGGAACUUGUGAUGAAGCUCAAGGCAGGCAAGAGUAUGAGAAGUUGGUUCUCAUGAAUUCGUGACUUUAAAUUGCAACUUUUUUUUUGUUUGAUCUCUUUUUACCAAUUUUAGGCUGCUUUUUCCACGAAUCUUUUGAGUAUACCACAAUUCUCAAUCUGUAGCAAUAUUCCGUAGUGUGAAUUAUUGUAUAGGAGGAUAAAACACCCUUUGUCAAGGCUUGUAAAUGAUGAACAAUUGAGGGGUGGCUUACAGGAUGUUAUGGGCUGCUAGAGGGCAGAGUCAAAUAUGGAAUUGAAACAAAAGGAAAGGCUUUUUCUUUU